AGUCCUAACGUGGCGCUGUGUAUCUUCACACUCUGAAAUCUGACCAAACAAAGUCCUGCUGCUGCUGCCGCUGCUGCUGCUGCUGUGGAUGGAUACAGAAAAACACACAUCUUCUUACUGUCAGGUCCUCUCAUCUGUGCAGCCUUGACAAGCUCUGUGCCAUUAACAUUGUCAACAUGAGGAGCGAGAGGGAGGAUUUCAUCCUGCAGGCUCUCCUCUUCAUCCACAUCCCCGUGGUCUGCCUCUUCACUGCAGCGUCAGCUCAGUCUGACAGCAGCAGCAGUGUGGUAGUGGCGGGCUAUAAUGUGAGCGCCCCCGCUGGGUCGAGGGUGGUGCUGCAAUGUGUGAGCGGCCGCAUGGUGUGGACCCGGGACAGGGUGAGGGACAGACAGAGGGUGGUCCACUGGGACAUGUUCCGAGCCCACCCAGACUACGCCAUGGAGAGGGUGCUGGACAUGUUCUCUGCAGGGGACCAGAGGAUCUACAACUCCUACAACCUGGGCAGGGUCGGCCUCAGCCCAACAGCCUUCAGGGACGGAAACUUCUCCCUGGUCAUCAAAGAUGUCACAAUGAAUGACAGAGGUCUCUACUCUUGUAACCUCCACCAUCUUUACUGCCACCUGUAUGAGACAGUCAGAGUUCAGCUCAAUGUCACUAAAUCACGCCGUAAAGAACAGCGUUACUGGGACGGACAGAAGGCGGUGUAUGUGGUGCUGCUCGGCAGUACCGUGGUGCUGCCGUGCAUCAACCGACGUAACGUGUGGACAGACUGGAGCGAGGAGGAGGAGGACCAGCAGGUGGUCCACUGGGACCGUCAGUCUGCAGGGGUCCACCACGACCGCGCUGACCGCCUGGUGGACCUGUACGCCUCUGGGGAGCAGCGUAGCUACGGGCCACUGUUCCUCCAGAGGAAGAUGAACAUCAGCAACCAAGCCUUCUCAGAGGGGGACUUCUCUCUUGCCAUAUCUGAUCUGCAGCCCACAGACCAGGGGAUGUACUCCUGCCACCUCCACCACCAUUACUGUGGUCUGCACGAGAGAAGGGAGUUUCAGGUCACCGUGGAGCCACCAGUGAUUCAGACCACCCUGCCAGCCAAAGCACUGCCAAGUGAGGACAAAGACACCACUAAGGCUGAGUCACCUCGAGUCAUCAACGUGAUUCUGCCCGACCAGAGGCACCACUUUCUCCUGCCGCUGGGAUACGUCCUCACCACAUUCCUGCUACUGGUGUUCAUUAUCCUCAUCAUCAUCCUCGUCACACGCAGACGCAAAAUCAAAGAGUUUUAUCCACAGGCAUCCAUGAGUGAUAGGUCGAGCAGAAGCCAAAGCAGCUCGGAGGAGUUUGAGAUGGACGUCGCUGAAGUGAACGUGUGCUGCCCAGAGGAGAGAAGAUUCGACUACAAGAACAACCUGCUGAGAGAAAAGGUCCACAUGAACACUCAGCCCAAAGUCAUUGAUCUUGACAAAGAGAUGCAGAAAUUUUCUAAGUGAUGGAAUGAGAAGAUAAGAAGUGAAACUGGAGUCACUGGCUGGUCCAGAGGCUGAGCUCCAAACUAAACACUGCCUUCUGUUCUGGCAGGAGAGGCGGCAAGAGAAUGAAGAGGAAAAGUUGUGAAAUGUAGAAAAAAACACUAAAAGAAAAAAAAACAAAUCUCACUGUGGCCUUAUGAGUUUAAAUCAUUUGGAUAGAGAAACAGAAAAACUCCACUGUCGAUGUACUUGAUCAAACUAAAAAGACUUGACUAAGAUCACUAUGCACAGCACAAGAGCGCCACCCAGAGGGGACUCUUGGCCAAGAUGCAACAUGUGCAUAAGUUGACUCAGUUGUGAUUGAGUUAUUACAGCUUUGAUUAUUAUUCAUGAAGUUAAAAGUAAACAAAGUAAAUAAACUUCUUUUUUUUUUUUUAAAUUUGUUUUAAUCUCAUAUCCAUCUUGGCUUAACUGACAGGACUGAACGCCACUGAAGUGCUUUUUAUCAGUGUGCGCCGCUUCCUGUAGGCUACGAUUAACUCCAUGCUAACUGACCGACGAUGCUGCAUAUGUAAAAAUGUUUCAGUUUGAUGCUCAGACUGUGUUUUCUGUGGAAUGUCCCUUUUUCUUUAUUUUUACAUGUAGUUUGAUGCUGGUGUUUAAGUUGGUUAUUCCAUGAUUGGUUCUCUUUGUAUUCAAAUUACUUUGUGAGUAUGAUACAAUAAAGAUGCUUUUUCACUGGA